ACGAUGCAAACCCUCCUAUACUUGUCAACAGUGAAAAAAUUAUAACGGCCGUUAGCGUACGCCCUGCAACAUGGAAACCAAGUCGACGGGGGCUUAUAAGCUUUUCAUAACGUCCCCGGUGGAAAAUAAAGACGAUGUAGAAGAGAAACUUUUACGGAGUUACCAGUUCUUGCAAAGCGUGGUCGGCGGUUUGAGCGACAAGGAUGCCCACGAGGCCCUCAACAAGGCCCUGCUCAAGGAGAAAGGUUACGAAGAAGUGUCCUUUGGUUUGUUGGUGUCAAUUUUGACGGAACCCCACAACGCCUCGAAAAGUUAUCGCGAUUUAACCUUAAUUACGAGGGACGGUUUCGGACAUAUCGUGACUUAUUUAUCGCAGCUAGUUUUGGACAGAUAUCUGAGGUUCAGCGACGUGGUGAAACAACAGCUGUUGUGGCUGCUUCGGGAGAUGAUUAAGAACGCCGUGAACAAUGUGGAAAAUUUGUGCUGGAACCUGAUGCGGUGCGCAGCCGGCGGUGAUAUUAGUCCAAAGAAUAUUAGUUUGAUCGAGUCGCUGCUCGAUAUUUUCAUUGACUAUAGGACUUGGUUGGAAAAAAUCCCUAUUCUGAUCGCUUCCGUUGUUUACACGUACUUGAGGUUAAUCGAAGACCAUCACGCGCCUUACUUAGCCAAUUUAAGACAAAAAGAAGUGACGUUUUUAGUUAGCAUUAUGCGGGAACAUUUUCAGGAGUGUUUAGUUAUCGGUCGUGAUUUGGUUAGGUUGUUGCAGAAUGUUGCAAGGAUACCGGAAUUCGAACUGCUGUGGAAGGAUAUGCUGGUAACGCCCAAGUCUUUGAGCCCCACAUUUACGGGUAUCCUCCAAUUGCUCCAAAACCGAACGUCGCGGAGGUUUCUCCAAUCGCGACUGACCCCCGAAAUGGAACGGAAACUCGUUUUUCUUACUGCCCAGGUACGAUUUGGGAACCACAAACGUUACCAGGACUGGUUCCAGCGGCAGUACCUCGCCACGCCCGAAUCCCAAUCGUUACGCUGCGACAUCAUCAGGUUCAUCGUCGGUGUAAUCCAUCCGACCAACGAGCUCCUCUGCUCGGACAUAAUACCACGAUGGGCGGUCAUCGGCUGGCUGCUGACCACUUGUACUUCGACGGUCGCUGUUUCUAACGCCAAACUAGCCCUCUUCUAUGAUUGGCUGUUCUUCGACCAAGACAAAGACAACAUCAUGAACAUCGAGCCGGCUAUCCUGGUGAUGCACCAUUCGAUGCGCUCCCAUCCGGUGGUGACCGCGACGUUGCUCGACUUCCUCUGCCGCAUCAUACCCAACUUUUAUCCGCCGUUGACGGAGCGCGUGCGCGCCGGCAUAUUCACCUCGCUACGUCAGAUCCUUGACAAACGCGUGUUGCCCAGCCUGUUGCCGCUGUUCGAUAACUCGAAGCUCGACCGCGAGCUGCGCAAUAUGGUGAAGGACACUUUCAAGGAGUUUUGCAACGCGCAAACCGAAUCGUCGACUUCGCGGGACGACUUCGCCCCGCCCAAAUUCGAAGACGAGACCGUCGGCCUGUCGCUCAACAAUCACUUGUUGGACGGCGAGCCCGCGUUCAGCGACGACGAAGAGGAACCCGCCCUCCAGAUCACCACCCUCGAGGAAGACACAGACGACGAUGACAUUCCCCUCUCCAAGGUACGUCUGAAGGAGAAAGGGGACAAGAGCGACGACAGCCUGAUCGAGGGCCACCUCGGCGAGCUCCUCGCCAAGCUCCACCACGAAACGGACCCGGCGAAGAGGUCCGACUUGGCGGAAAAGUUCGUAGACGAGGUGACCGGCCUGAACGUGGACGACGAGGACGAUGAAACGUUGGGCGCGGUGGCGCGUUCGUUCGUCGCGUGCGUCCACGACGACGUGAAAAGUGAACGGGUGUACCCCGAGGUACCUACGCAGGACUACUUGUCGGAGAGCGUGCGGUCGCCGUUGUUCGUCGUGCUGAAGCGGGCGUACGCGUCGGCCAAGGACGACCCGGGUAGAGAAGCGCUAAUGCGCCUCCUCGCCGACAUGCACCCCCACCUGCCCACUCUCGGUUACCUCAUUUUAUAUUUCCUCAAAGUGCAAAUUAGGACAGAGAACAAACGCGACGACAACACGAAAGCGAGCGCCCUGAAAAUCGCCCUGUACAAAGACUAUUGCCAGUGCAUCGAGAAGAAGCUGGACGCGUGCCUGUACGACGACCUGUACGCGUGUCACGUGACCGACACGAAGCUGAUGAUGUGGAUCGUGCCGGACAUCUACCGCGACUUCAAGCAGCAGAUGGUGAACAAUGCGCAGACGCUCAGGGUGAUCAUUUCGGCGAUCGACGCGCGCCAACUGCAGACCCUAGUCGGAAAGGUACUUCAAGGUCACCUGGUGAUGUUCAAAACGGAGAACCUGCAGGCUCUGCUCAAGGCGACGCUUUCGUGGGAGAGCAUCGAGCAGUUCUUUUUCUGGCAGCUGAUCAACGCGCACGACUUCACCAUCGACACGGUGCUGCCGCUUAUCACCGAGCUCGACUGCGAGCAGCACUCGGAAGCGAUAACCGCUAUCAUGCUGAUGCUGAAACAGGAGAAACCGAACGCCGACUACAUUAAGUGCCUGUUCUCGCGCGACAUUUGCGACAACGGCGACCCGUUCGUGUUCACGGUGAUCAAGUAUUGGUGCGACGAAUACAUCGACAAGGUGGCGGAGCUCAUCUCCUCGUUGCUGAGCACCAGGUACCCGUCGACGUCGCCGAACAAGCGGAAACGGACCGCGGGUAAUAAAGUGCUAAGCACGACAGUGCCCAGUGCCGACCAAGUGCUCGGUCACCUCGAGAAGCUGAGGAUCAUAUGUGAGAAGCACGACUGCAUGGCGAUCUAUACGCUCGACUCGAUGCAGAGGGCGCUCAGCGUCGCCCAGAAUAACAGCAAUGACAGCCAAAGAAAGCAAUUCGGCGACCUGUUCGCCUUGAUGGAGGAAGAGGAGGAGAUCAGCGCGACCAAAAGCCGGAUGCAGGGCAGGGGUCGCAAGCCGGCGGCCGCGAAGCAGGCGACCGCGACGGCGACGUCCGCCGCGACGGCUACGGCGGCUUCGAAACGUCAAAUCAGGGACCUGACCGACACGUCGGACGAGAGUAGCGAGGAAGAAGAGAUCGUGAAGCCGAAACAGGCGAAGAAACGCAAAAAAAUCUUGUCGGAAAGCGAUUGACGUGAGACGAGGAUAGGCGAGGCACCAAAGGUUAAAGGUCAUAUCAGAAAUACGCUUACCAGGCGGGUCGGUCGGCUCGCCAUCCGCGAGGAGUGAAGGGCGGCGACGCGGUCGCUGCCCGCCCACACUGCCGCAAACACCACUUAGGUUUAGGCGAAACCUAAACGUGUAUAAACUAGGCAACACUGUAUAUUCUGUAAUUUAGCAGAGAGGCGCCCCCUCCCCCCAGAUUGUUGUAUAAAGUUGUUAUGGUUAGGUUUUUUCGACCACCCCCCAAUCGCUGUUGAUUUUUUGUACGACCCGUGGGCUUGAAACUUUUUUUAAAAUGUAAAUUGAUCAAUUUUGUUAUCGACGAGAAGCGUGUACAUAGAGAUCCUGUAAAUAUAUUUAUAAAAAAAAAAGAGAGAAGCCUUAUUAAUGUUUAAGUUAAUCGAUCGGAAUCAAAUUAAACACUGUUUUUGCAAAA